AUGGAAAACUCUGGCUCACACUUUCAACAAAUGAAACCCUCUCAGUUGCCUCCAAGAGAUUCAGCAUCCCGGCUCUUUGUCAUUCUCGCUGCCACCGUCGCCGUCGCCGUCGCUGCCGUAGACAAUGACGACGCCGUGAUGUCGAGCCUCCUCGAGGCCAUAUCUCCUGCUCCAAUCGGCUGGUCUCACUCUGCUCACUAUUGCUCUAUGUGGAAAGGCGUAAAGUGUAGCUCCUCCGGCCGAGUCUCCGCCAUCAACUUAACCCAUCACAAUCUAACGGGAACUCUCCCUUCCAAUCUCGCUUCUCUCUCUGAACUAACUUCCUUUAAUCUCAGAUGCAACCGCUUCUCUGGGCCAUUGCCUUCCUUCGCCAACCUUUCUUUGCUCCAAGAAAUCUUCCUUGACUACAACAAUUUCACGUCCGUACCCCCUGGUUGUUUCCAAGGACUCACCAGUUUGUUGGCCUUGACUAUGAAUCAAAAUAUCAAUCUCGACCACUGGGUUUUUCCCAUUGAGCUUACUGAAUCUCCAAGCUUGGUUAAAAUAAGUCUGGUCAGUUGUAACGUAAAGGGUCCCAUACCAGACAUCUUCGGUUUCGGUUCCUUCCCGAAAUUGCGUGGUUUGGCGCUCUCUCACAAUAAUCUCAGUGGGGUUUUGCCUCCGACCUUUGCUGAAUCUGGGAUUCAGUACCUCAUGCUCGACACAAAUAAAUUAAUCGGUACAAUCGGCGUUGUCUCGAAUAUGACCAAGUUGUCCCAAGUCUGGCUUUCCGGCAACAAUUUCUCCGGUCCAAUCCCGGACCUGUCUAAACUAGACACCCUUUUCAACAUCAAUCUCCAGGAUAACAAACUCACCGGUGUUGUUCCAAGGUCAUUGAUCUCGAUUCCAAGCUUGCGAAACGUGUCUUUGGCGAACAAUCUGUUGCAGGGUCCUCUGCCUUCGUUCCCUUCCUACGUCGACAAUCCCAAUCUUCGAGAAAAUAGCUUUUGCAGGGCCACUCCAGGACCUUGUAAUUGGCAAGUAGCGGUACUGCUUGAAGUUGCUGGAGACUUGGGAUAUCCUCUUUCGCUGGCUAGUUCUUGGCGAGGGAAUGAUGCGUGCGAAGGCUGGAUUUUUGUUGGUUGCGAUUUGCUCAGAAACGUUGUGAAUGUGACUUUUCAGAAAUGGGGUUUCACUGGGAGGAUCUCCCCUGCUUUUUCCAAUCUUACACUGUUGCAGAAUUUGAGGUUGAAUGACAAUAACUUGACCGGUCCCAUACCGGAGAGCUUAACACACUUGCAUAGUCUUCAGCUUCUUAAUGUUUCUUGUAACAAUCUCAGUGGAACAAUUCCUGCGUUUCAAUCGACAGUGAAUUUAAUUACUACUGGUAAUCCACUAUUGAUUUCUAGCUUGGAACAUAAUGGGACUUCAACGAAUGGUACUACUCCGGUUUCGCCUGGAGGAGAGAACAACAAUGAUCCGGUCAAAGCAGCAACAGGAAAAGGAAGAGAGUUCAAGGUUAUUGUUGCCAUAGGUAAAAUUAUUGUCAAUCCCUGA